CCCACAAAAUUGAUGGCAGCAGUGAGAGACACGGAGACAUGCGAAGCAUUGUCGGGUGAGGAAGCGGUCGGCAGAGUCUGAGACCCCCAACGUGCCCCCUAGCCGAUUCCAUAUCUCUCCCACCUCCCCUUUGCUUCUUACUGCCUUUGUUUUCUUUUGCUCCUUUUUUUCGUUUCUCCCUUUUUUUUUUCUUUCUUUCUUGCCAACCCAUUUCCAGUCUGUAAUUUGGGGGAUUCAAGAGGAGAUAUUCUGGUGGGUACUGUGAGAGUCCGAGAGGUAGAUGAUUGGGAAUUUGUUUAAUCCGGGCAAGUGUUUUGUUUUGUUUUUGGAAAGCAUAUGAAUACGUGAAGUGCCAUGUGAAUUAUAGGUGUGGAGGGAUGGGCAGCACAACCCCUUUUCGACAAUCAUUCUCUUUCUCUCUCUUUACUUUCUCUCUUUUCUGAUCGGCCUUUUCGCCAUUAAAAGUCGUCUUCUCGUCUCGAGGAAGAACAGGAAGGAGAAGCAGACAACCAAGGUCAGUCGUAUAGCUACCUUCUUUCUUCCGUUUGAAGUCUUGCAGAAAAGCGGGAUUCCAUUUCAGAGAUGGAAGCUUCGGAUGAUUCAGCGAAGUCGCCUUCACUCAUUCCACCAUUGCCCAGAGACUCGCGGGGCUCACUCGAAGUGUUCAACCCUUCUACCUACUCUACCAGACCCACCAACCAGGCGUUUCGGCCACAACCCACCUGGAAAAGCUGGGCAGAGCCGCGUGGGACUCCUGAACGAGAGGGUUCUCCCGAGCUAUCCUCGAAGUCAGGCCGCUCCGCCGACGAGAUCACCUCAUGGAUGGCACUCAAGGAGCCUUCCCCGGCACCUCCGUUGCCCCUCGCCCAGAAGUCCGUAUCCCCCGCGUUCAACGUCCAGGACGACACCCGCCAGAAACCGACGCGGAAGACCCAGCUGUCCGGCGAAGUGGACAAUGCCGCGCAGCGGGCGGCGGAGUGGGGACUGAUGCUGAAGACUGACACCGAGACUGGGAAGCCACAGGGGGUCGCAGUGAGGACCUCCGGCGGCGACGAGCCCAACUACAAAACCGGGACCUCCAGGAGGAACUCCGGAAACUCAGUGCGGAGCUCAGGAGAGAUGUCGGACGAGGGCGGUGCUGGGAAGGACAGAGCGUAUCCGAGAGUUUCAGAGGACUUGAAGGAUGCAUUGUCAACCUUCCAACAGACGUUCGUGGUGUCGGAUGCAACCAAACCCGAUUAUCCGAUCUUGUACGCGAGUGCCGGUUUCUUCAAGAUGACGGGUUACACCUCCAAAGAGGUGAUAGGGAGGAACUGUCGGUUUCUACAAGGGUCUGGCACAGACCCAGAAGAUGUGGCAAAGAUUAGGGAGGCGUUGCAUGCGGGAAACAGUUACUGUGGAAGGCUGCUUAAUUACAAGAAGGAUGGCACACCCUUUUGGAACCUUCUUACCAUUUCCCCCAUCAAGGAUGAAAAUGGAAACGUCCUCAAAUUUAUUGGAAUGCAAGUAGAGGUGAGCAAGCAUACAGAGGGGUCCAAAGAAAAGACGACUCGCCCCAAUGGGCUGCCAGAAUCAUUGAUUCGUUAUGAUGCUCGUCAGAAAGAUAUGGCUACCAAUUCAGUAUCUGAACUUGUGCAAGCAGUGAAGAAACCCCGGUCACUCAGUGAAUCAUCAGAUCGCCCCUUCAUGAGAAAAUCAGAAGAUGGUGAACAGGAGAGACCAGAAGCUCCUGGAAGGCGAAACUCAGAGAGUGUGGCUCCACCAAGACGGAAUUCACAAAGUGGUCGUAGAGCCUCCAUGCAAAGAAUCAGUGAGUUGCCUGAAAAGAAGCCGAGAAAAUCUAGUCGCCUUUCUUUCAUGAGGAUUAUGAGGAAAAGUCAAGCCCACACUGAACAAUUUGAUACUGAAGUUCUUGUGGAUGACACCUCCGAUAGUGAAGAUGAUGAGAGGCCUGACAGCAUUGAUAACAAAACAAGACAAAGGGAAAUGAGAAGAGGUAUUGAUCUGGCCACCACGCUUGAACGUAUAGAGAAGAACUUUGUCAUCACUGAUCCCAGACUGCCUGAUAAUCCCAUUAUAUUCGCAUCUGAUAGCUUCUUGGAACUAACAGAAUACAGUCGUGAAGAAAUUUUGGGAAGAAAUUGCAGGUUCCUCCAAGGCCCUGAGACAGAUCCUGCGACAGUGAGGAAAAUCAGAGAGGCAAUUGACAACCAAACAGAUGUUACUGUGCAGCUAAUUAACUACACAAAAAGCGGGAAGAAGUUCUGGAACCUGUUCCAUCUGCAGCCUAUGCGUGAUCAGAAGGGAGAAGUACAAUAUUUUAUUGGGGUACAACUAGAUGGAAGUGAACAUGUGGAACCUCUUCACAACUGCAUUCCAGAAUCUACUGCAAAAGAGAGUGCAAAACUGGUGAAAGAAACUGCAGAAAAUGUUGAUGAUGCUGUGAGAGAACUUCCAGAUGCCAAUUUGAAACCAGAGGAUUUGUGGAGUAAUCAUUCAAAGGUUGUUCUUCCCAAGCCUCAUAGGAAGGAAAGCUCCGCAUGGAAAGCUAUCCAAAAGAUUCUAGAAGAUGGAGAACAGAUAGGCCUGAAACACUUUAGGCCAGUAAAACCGUUGGGAUCUGGUGACACUGGCAGUGUGCAUCUGGUGGAAUUAUGUGGAACUGGUGAAUACUUUGCCAUGAAAGCUAUGGAUAAAAAUGUCAUGCUCAACCGCAACAAGGUGCAUAGAGCUUGUGCUGAAAGAGAAAUUCUUGACAUGUUGGAUCACCCUUUUCUUCCCGCAUUAUAUGCUUCAUUUCAGACUAAAACACAUAUAUGUCUGAUUACCGAUUACUGCCCUGGUGGAGAGCUCUUCCUGCUUUUGGACAGGCAACCCACAAAAGUCCUGAAGGAAGAUUCUGUGAGAUUCUAUGCUGCAGAGGUAGUUGUUGCAUUGGAGUACCUUCACUGUCAAGGUGUAAUCUAUAGGGAUUUGAAGCCUGAAAAUGUUCUACUUCAGAGCAGUGGGCAUGUGGCCUUGACAGAUUUUGAUUUGUCAUGUUUGACAUCUUGUAAACCACAGCUUUUGAUGCCAAAUACAAAUGAAAAGAAAAGGCAACAUAAAGGUCAACAGAACCCAAUAUUCAUGGCUGAACCUAUGCGAGCAUCAAAUUCAUUCGUUGGUACUGAAGAGUACAUAGCUCCGGAAAUCAUAACUGGGGCGGGGCACACUAGUGCAGUGGACUGGUGGGCUCUUGGCAUUCUUCUAUAUGAAAUGCUUUAUGGAUAUACACCAUUUAGGGGAAAGACAAGGCAAAAGACAUUUGCCAACAUUCUUCACAAAGAUCUUAAAUUUCCAUCAAGUAUAUCGGUAAGUCUCAAUGCAAAGCAGUUAAUGUACCGGUUGCUGCAUAGGGAUCCCAAGAAUAGAUUGGGUUCGCGUGAAGGAGCAAAUGAAAUCAAGCGACACUCAUUCUUUCGUGGUGUCAAUUGGGCUCUAGUCCGCUGCAUGAACCCUCCUGAGCUUGAUGCUCCUCCCUUGGAGGCAACUGAUGCUGAAAAGGAAGUUAAAUCUGUGGAUCCUGAACUCCUGGAUCUACAAACAAAUAUUUUCUAAGAGGAAACAUAAUGAGAGGAAGUGGAGGACUCUUCUUGUUGCUGGGUCGAGUAGAACUUUAAUUGGCAUUGCUUGUGUUUCAUCAUCACCAUUUCGCUCCAUAGCUGAGCCUGGGGAGCUGCUUGUAGAAAGAAAUCAGGUUCUCGAUCAAUGUCCUAUGUAAUGUAUGUGUGGUGUGAGGUUCUGUAAUCUUAUGUUGGCUGCAACUCAAAGGUUUUUUCAUUAUUAUAUUAUGUUAAUUUAUUCAUUCAACUCUCCACUUCUCCU